ACGGACCCGGCUCCAGUCUGUGGCGGUGGCCGCCGCGCGGUAUUCGUCAUGGAGCUGGUGCCGCGGAGCUGUCCGGGGCUGCGGUGGCUGCUGCUCUUCCCGCUCCUCCUGGGCCUCGGCACGGGAGCUGCCGUUGGCUGGUGGGCAGAAGAGGGCAAGGAAGUAUGGGAUUAUGUCACUGUCCGAGAAGAUGCCCACAUGUUCUGGUGGCUCUACUAUGCCACCAACCCUUGCAAGAACUUCUCGGAACUGCCCCUGGUCAUGUGGCUGCAGGGCGGUCCAGGCGGUUCCAGCACUGGAUUUGGAAACUUUGAGGAAAUUGGACCGCUCGACAGUGGCCUGAAACCACGAAAAACCGCCUGGCUCCAGGCCGCCAGCCUCCUGUUUGUGGAUAACCCGGUGGGCACCGGCUUCAGUUAUGUGAACACGACCGACGCCUAUGCCAAGGACCUUGCUACGGUGGCUUCGGACAUGCUGGUCCUCCUGAAGACCUUCUUUGAUGGCCACAAAGAAUUCCAGACAAUUCCAUUCUACAUUUUUUCCGAGUCCUAUGGAGGAAAAAUGGCUGCUGGCAUUGGUCUGGAGCUCUAUAAGGCUGUUCAGCAAAGAACCAUCAAGUGCAACUUUGCUGGGGUUGCUUUGGGCGAUUCCUGGAUCUCUCCUGUUGAUUCGGUGCUCUCCUGGGGACCUUACCUGUACAGCAUGUCUCUCCUCGAUGACACAGGUCUGGCUGAGGUGUCCACCAUUGCCGAAAAGGUCCUGGCUGCCGUAAACAGUGGGCUCUACAAGGAGGCCACCCGGCUAUGGAAUGAGGCAGAAAUGGUCAUUGAAAAGAAUGCUGAUGGGGUGAACUUCUAUAACAUCUUAGCCAAAAGCACUCCCAACUCAGCCAUGGAAUCCAGCCUAGAGUUCAUGCCCAACCAUGUAGUCCGUCUUUCUCAGCGCCACGUGAGACACCUGCACCAGGACACCUUGAGUCAGCUCAUGAACGGCCCCAUCAGAAAGAAGCUCAAAAUUAUUCCCAAGGAUUUCUCCUGGGGAGCCCAGUCUUCUUUCGUCUUCAUGAAUAUGGAAGAGGACUUCAUGAAGCCAGUUGUCAACAUCGUGGAUGAGUUGCUGGAAGCUGGGAUAAAUGUGACCGUGUACAACGGACAACUGGAUCUCAUUGUGGACACCAUGGGUCAGGAGGCCUGGCUGCGGAGGCUGAAGUGGCCAGAGCUGCCCAAAUUCACUCAGCUGAGGUGGAAGGCGUUGUACAGCAACUCCACAUCCUCGGAGACCUCUGCUUUCGUCAAGUCCUACAAGAACCUGUCUUUCUUCUGGAUUCUAGGCGCAGGUCACAUGGUUCCCGCAGACAGAGGAGAGAUGGCUCUGAAGAUGAUGAAGAUGGUGACUCAGCAGCAGUAGGCUACCCCGGGCUUGAUGGCAGGCUUGGCUCUGGGGACCCAGGAGCUGUGCGGAAUAUCGGUAGUCCCCAAGUCCAGCAUGGGCCGUGCUGACAAAGGCAGCUCCCACAGAGGGUGAAAUCAUGCUGUCCUCAGCAACUUGGGAGUUAUUUCUGCUGGGGCAUUUUCCCAAAACAUGGCCUUGCUGUGUAGUGCAAGCUGGCCUUCAACUCGCUUCAUAACCAGGCAGGCUUUAACUCAGCGAUCCUCUUGCC